AUGUGAUUGUGGAAAACAUUCAUCAAAACGAGGGUUUAGUUUUUUAUUCAAGGUGGGAUUAGAUUCUUUUGACAUGCCAAGAAAGAAAGUAUCUUCUUUCCAUAAACAGCACUACCAUUACAUUGAUUCCAGACAGGGACACUGCCACCAUCAACCACAUCCUCUGUUUUCGCUAGGGUUUCAUUCCUUUAUUUCUUUAUUCUUAAAUCGCUGUUCUUCCGAAUUUCAUCGAUGUUUAUUCGCCAAUCAUAAACCACGACUUCUGCAAAUUAUUCAUUCAUAACCAAAAAAAAAUGAAGGUCUAGCUUCUCGAUAGAGAUACAGUGAGUGGAUAUAGUCCAUUUGACCAAGUCCCGCCGGCAAAGACGUCCGUCAAUUCUAUAUCAUUAUCGCUAUACGUCUAUAUCUUUGUUGUCUUCUACGCAUAUUCCAUAUGUAACAUCACAGAGUGAUCAAGUAUAUGAAGAAGCAAAGGAUUCGGAUUGUAAUUCGCAUAAUCGCAGAACGGCUGCAAGCUUCCCAACUUUGAAGAACCCGUCCAAACCCUAAUUUUGGGGCUUAUUGGUGUUCUUAAUUGAAUCGGAUUUAAAGGUAUCAGCUCUUUUAAAGGUAGGAUAAUUGUUUGUUUGUUGGGAAAUUGAUUGAUAUAUGGGAGGGAUUUGCGUUAAGCCUUCUGGUGGGAGCCCAAGAGAGAGAACGUCUAGUAAAUUAUCAUCAGAAGCGUAUGUAUUACAGUCCAUCAGGGAAGAAAGUUUUAGGCUGAAAAAUCGACCUGAAGUUCGACCAAUUUCAGUCGACAAGAAACCAAAUUCUGUUCGACGUGUACGCGAUGAUCAUUUUGAGAAGAAGAAAGAGGGGUCUGAAGUUAUUCUCGCUAAUAUUCCAAGUAUCAGAACAAUUCCGAAAGCCACAGAAGGAGAACAGGUCGUUGCAGGUUGGCCUUCCUGGCUUGCUGAGGUAGCUGGUGAAGCCAUUAAUGGCUGGUUACCUCGAAGAGCAGACACAUUCGAGAAAUUAGACAAGAUUGGUCAAGGAACGUAUAGCUGUGUAUUCAAAGCUCGCGAUCUCACAAACAAGAAAACCGUCGCUUUAAAAAGAGUAAGAUUCGACAACAUGGAUUCAGAAAGUGUCAAGUUCAUGGCUAGAGAAAUCCUCGUCUUGAGAAGACUCAAUCAUCCAAAUGUAAUCAAACUCGAAGGAUUAAUCACUUCACGAACUUCAUCCAGUUUAUACCUUGUUUUCGAAUACAUGGAACAUGAUCUAACAGGAUUAGUAUCACUACCCGGUAUCAGAUUCACAGAACCACAAGUGAAAUGCUACAUGAAACAGCUCCUAAGUGGACUUGAUCAUUGCCAUAGUCAUGGUGUUCUUCAUCGUGACAUAAAAGGCUCAAAUCUUUUGAUCGACAAUAAUGGGAUUUUAAAAAUUGCUGACUUUGGUUUAGCAAGUGUCUUUGAUUGUAAUCAAAGUGUUCCAUUAACAACACGUGUAGUGACACUUUGGUAUCGACCACCUGAACUGUUGCUUGGAGCUACACAUUAUGGAGUUUCUGUGGAUUUAUGGAGUGCAGGAUGCAUUCUUGGUGAGUUAUAUGCAGGGAAACCUAUCAUGCCUGGUAGAACAGAGGUUGAGCAACUUCAUAGAAUCUUUAAGCUUUGUGGUUCACCUUCUGAAGAUUAUUGGAAAAAGACGAAAUUACCCCACUCAACAGCUUUCAAACCUGUUCAUCCUUAUAAAAGACGGAUUCUAGAAGCUUUUAGAGAGUUUCCUUUACCUGCUGUUGGACUUAUGGAGACCUUACUUGCUGUAGAACCUGAACAAAGAGGAACUGCAUCACUCGCUCUCAAGAAUCAGUUUUUUACGACAAAACCUUAUGCUUGUGAUCCUUCAAGUUUGCCACAUUAUCCUCCUAGCAAAGAAAUUGAUGCGAAGAUGAGAGAUGAAGAAGCUACAAGGCAAAGGGAAGGUGAAAGGCUUGAGAAGGAAAGGAAAGAGAGUCAUAUAAAGCAACAUGCGAUAUUGAAGGGUUCAAAAGAUGGUCGACCAAUGAGGGACUCUUAUUCAGGGCCAUUGGUGGCUGGAAACAAAUACUGUGAAAUUUCAAGAACAUCUAAAGAGGAUGAAAUUGAAAAGAAGGAUGUUUCGUGUUCCCAAGUAAGAAAAGAUGAAGUGGAUCAUGAUCGACAUAUUCAAGAAGCUGCCCGAAGAUCACGGAUUGAGAAGAUGAGGGUUGGUGAAGUUGAAGGAAAGGAAAUGGUGAGAAAUGUAGUGUAUCCAUCGAGUCGAUUAUCCAAAUAA